AUGGUCGCUGAGGAGAGGGGAGCUCGGCCACAAACUGAAGACUACUUCAACUGGAAAUCCCAGCCUCCACUGCUGCGUCUUACCAGCAGCAACCGUUUUUUUGGAGGCCAGGAGCCAGUUCCUCCUAAGACCUACAGUACGAGGAGAGGGCCUCUUAUUCUGUAUUCAGAGGAUCUCGCACUGGCAUACCAGACUGGCCAGGUUAACAGGAAGAGAAAGCCUCCAACCGGCCCAAAACAGGAAGUUGAGAAGCAGCUGCACACACUGCAAGGCCUGACUGGAGCUAUUUUUGGCUUUUGGAAAAAAGAAGGUAAGGUUGGAUCUCUUGCCGGUGUAACGCACCCCUUAUUGCCAGAUACUAAACAUGCUAUACAGAACAUCAACACUCAUCACAAACCUGGAGAGAAGAACUAUAAUUCAAGCCAGGUUAAAGGAGAAAAAACUAAUCAGAUCAUAUAUCAGCUAUGUUUCCUCUGUUCCCCUCGGCCCAACCGGGUAGACCUGGGUCCUCUACCACCCAUAACGGAUGGUUCGGUACAUGUACAAAUCCAGGAGAAAACUCAAGCGGCACCAGAUGAACAAAUGGUCUUUAAGACCAAACAACAGAAAGAGCAACUGAAGGAGAAGCUGAAAGAGAGAAAAAGACCUGUAACCAAGAGUCUCAGGAUAGCAGUUGACACGUACAGAGCUCACAUGAGUCCGAUCCCUGAGACAGAACCUGCACAUCGGACUGAAGAUCAAACAGAGCUAAAGAGCUUUUCAUUAUUUUGCUCUGACAUAUACCAGAUACAAGUGAUCGACCAUCCCAAGGAUCUAAACGGCUGUGGAAAGCGCAGCCAGAUGGAGAGUGGAGGUGGUGUUGGAGAGAUGUGCACGCUGAGGUCAGUGUAUGUGGAUUCGUCUUUGGAAUACAGCCCACUCUCACGGGUCAACUAUUACGGUGGACACAUGGAGGGAUCCCGCCAGAAAAUAAAAGAGAAAAAAAGCAGCUGUGAGAAUUUACCAAAAAGGGAACUACACGUACAUCUCCCUGACAUCAAAGAGGGAACUGCACAUGAAAACCCCUCAGAGAGACGCAUGCACAGCAAAGUGCUGCUGCUUUUCCCUGCACAAACAGACACCCAUCAGCCAGAUGAUGACCUCCACAGGACACCUGUUGAGGAGACGGAGCCACCUGGUGAUUUGGAGCAUGCAGAGGGGCAAGACCAAAGAAAACAGGACCCUCACUCUGACAGCAAGUGCAGGAUUAUAGAGAUGGCUCUUGGAAAUGUCAUGUGGUCUGAUGAUCUAGAAAAAGGAGAUCAACAUCCCCCUCUUGGUCCAUUGCCCCCCCUGGUGGGCCGGAGGGGUCCAGGUAAACAGAGCUCCAUGGCUGUGUACAGACAGAACCUACACGACCCUGCAGGUAAAUCAGAAGCACAAACAGGAAACACUAGAGCUUGCAUCCCUCUGGAGCUCAGAGAAUGGCAGGGAGGCAAAGCAGUGGGCACCCUAAUAAUGGGUCCUGACGGUGAAAUCAUACGCUUGUCUCUCUGGGAUCCCGCAGUUGACACUGAGGACCACCCAAUAAUGGGUGAUGUCACACAAGGUCACGUUCUUAAGGUUGUGACUUCUGAGGGAGAUUUGAAACAGCCUUGGACGAUCCUCAUACAGGACAACGAAACAGAUGAAGAGGAAGACACCACAAGUAAUACUGAAGAAACUACUUCAAACACUGAACAGCUGGACUCUAGUCAUGAGGUGUUUAAGGUCAAUAAAACUGCAGAGACAAUUAACGCUAAGAAGAGGCAGCAUCCAUUAGGUUCCUACAAUAAAACAGUUUGGAAGAGGCAGGUGUUUAAGGUCAACUCUCAUGAAGAAACUAAUGCAGAGGAGGAGGAGGAGGAGGAGGAAAAUGGUUUAGACUCUGACAAUAAACCCAUUUAUAAUGCACAGGUAUCUAGGAAAGCUCACAUGCAACAGAAUAAUGCAGCGGCUGAAGAGGACGAUUUAGGCUCUGACUGUCAGAUUAUUCAGAAAGAAAGGGAAUAUAAGGUCAGAUCACAUGCAAAGAGAACUAAAGCCAAGAAGGAUGACUGUUUAGGUGCUGACAGUGAGAUCAUCCAGGAGGAAGAGGCGAGUCUUCCUCUUUUAACCACAUUUAAGGUGAGAUCCCAUGCAAACCAGACUAAAACCAAGAGGAAGGAGGACUGUUUCAACUCUGACAGUGAAAUAAUUCAGGAUGAACAGGUCUAUUUACCUGAGGAGAGAUUAGAGGAAAUGAGCAGCUCCACGGCUCACCAGCUCAACAAAACCGGAGAGGAGACCACUUGGGUGCAAAGAAACCGAAAAGUAAAGACAACUACAACUUUACAGCCGAAAACAAAGGUGACACGGGGGUCAAGGAAGUCCAAAGGUGCUGCGCCUGCUAUCAGCCCUAAAUCAACACAUUUCACUCCCAGAGCACAUUCACCAGAGUCUUUGUCUCCUGAAGGACAGGCAGAAAUACAGACAGGAUUACCAAUGGAGGCAGAAAAAGGUCAUUCGGAAAACACAGGUGGAAGAGAAGAUGCAGAACACAUGCUGGUGGAGAAAGUGAAGAAAAAUAAAAAGUCUAGUAAGCAAACAGGCAAAACAAAAGGGAAGGGUGUUCAAAUUCAUGAAGACAUUGAGACCCAGAAUACCAGUGUCCCUGAGGAUCCCACUUAUACUUCAAAAAAAAAGAAAAAGAAAAUGAGAAAACAGAAAAAAGAAGAAGCUGAAGAAGAAAAGGAAGAGCCUAUAAAAGCCCAGAAUUCAACGGUUAAAGUUAAAAAGAAAAAUGGUCAACCAGCAUUUGUUGUAGGAUAACCUCGGCCACAGGACGUGGAAUGGAUGGCAAAUCCAGUGGAUAAGAGAAAGGUGACGACUCACGUACAAAACACAGAGAACACACCAGAACACACCUAUAUUGACUCUGACGAUGACAUGGAUGCUGAUACAGACUCAGAGAGUACAGACACACAUGAAGCACACGAAAUCUCUCCCAGAUCAGUUUACAGCUUAUACAGAUCGCAGCGCUCACUCAUUACAGCUCGUUCAGAUGCCAGCAUUCACAGACUCUCACAGAGCUCCAUCAGAACCAGCUCGAUGGGGACGAUAUCCCACUGCAGCCCAUGCAGCCCAGCCCACCUGCCUCCUCAGUCAGCACUCCCUUCUGCCUCAGACCCCACUACAUCUGAGCCAGGCAAUGACGUUAAAAGCAACAAGGUUCCAACUAACCAAACAGACAAAAAAGCUGAAAGGGCCGAGCACCGUCAUCUGGAGGUGGAGAAGAAACGGAGGGAGAGAUAGGAGGAAAAGAAGAGACAGCAAGAAAAAGAGGCGACAGAAGAGAGGAUGAGGCUGGAACUGGAAGAAGAACAGAGGAGGAAAGCAGAGGAAGCGAGGUGACGGAAGAUUAGAGUAGAAGAUGAGAGACAAAGAAGACAGGAGGAGGAGAUGGAGAGACAGAGGAGAGAGCGGGCAGAGAAGGACAGAGAAAGAAGACGACAAGAGGAGAAGAGAAGGCUGCUGGAAAGGCUCCAGAGAGAAAGACAGGAAGAGGGAAAACGACAGGCUGCCCAACUGGAACAUCAGUGUAUGGAAGAGGAAGCUCAGAAGGAGGAGGAGCUCAGGAAGCUGUCAGAGAUGGAGGAGGCUGAGAGACUGGAGUACCUGCGCAAGACAGCAGGAGCAGGAGGAGGAGAGGAGGAGGAAGCAGCGACGCACGCUGAAGAAGAGGCCAGGCUGCAGGCUGAACUGUUUGCCAGGCAGAGGGCAGCACUGGAGCAGCACUUAAAGUUUCACAGGGGUCUUUUUGUGGAGGCUGAAGGGCUGGAGCAGACACAGGAUAUCUCUCGGCCCUGGAUUUUCUCCUAUUUCACCCUGUUGAAGCUGCUUGGCUUGGCUGAACCCACAUCUGAGGACACACUCAAAGAUGUGCUGUAAUUCCUUCAUUUGGGUUCAUUCAGUAAAUUCUCGCAACUAGUGAUUCAGUUAUGUGCCAUUUUCUUCGGUAGGUGAACAAUCUGUGUCACAUGUGAAUCAAUGUGUGUUAAACUGCUGGAUUGCUCAUAUUCUCAGAUA